UACUAAUUCGUUCUAAUGGAUCAACUGAAAAAAGAAAACGAACUUUUUUCUAAAUCGUUUCUCAACGCUAAUGAGAAACUUCUCGAACUGGAUCUAGAUUAUUUGGAGAGGAGGGGCGGUGAGACAAUAAGCUGCGAAAACGUGGAAAGCGGAUCGAAAGAGGAGGAAAGCCCGGCAGACAGUCUGGAUCGAGUUAAGGUCGUUUUCCUCGGGGCACCUGGCGUGGGAAAGUCCAGUAUAAUUCGUCAAUUCGUUUGGAGCGAAUUCUCCGAGGAAUACAGGCAAACUGAAAAACGUGAGACGUUUUACCCGAGCGUUGUACUGGCCGAUCGAUUGUACGAAUUGAAAAUCACAGAUCUACCUACGAUUCCGUUCUUUCCCGUCAGUUCGCACCUGGAAUGGACGGAUUUCCGUUAUUAUGGUCUACGGAGCGCUACCGCCUACGUUCUCGUAUUCGAUCUGAGCAAUCAGGAGACCUUCCAAUACAUCAGAAAAUUACGCGAGCAGAUCUACGAGGCGAGGGACAUGAGAGGUGUACCUCUUUUAGUGGUCGGCAAUAAACAAGAUGCGCUCUCGAGCACCGUAGCUUCCGGUACAAGGUACAGGGAUAUCGUCAAUCUCGUACGAAAACAUUGGAGAUGCGGUUACGUCGAGUGCAGCGCAAGAUUCAACUGUCGCGUCGUACAGGUUUUUCGAGAAUUAAUGAAGAGUAUUCAAGCCGUAGAAGGAAGACCGCCAUCGCCGAUACCUGCACCCUCGUCCCAGCCUUUGCGUUCUCAUCAACAUGACAACACCGAAAAAUGUAUUCUUCUCUGACACUGAGAUCACGUAAUGGACGUACUCGAUCUUUGCGAUCGCAUUUUAGGGAAAAACUGCUUCUUCUCCGACUCGAAGAAGAAUUCGCAUUGAUUUCUUUUUUUAUGAUUUUCGCAUUUCUCCUAGUUUUCAUUAUUUCAUUGCGAAUAAACUUCUCGUCAACUUGUUUAUCGUCAAACUCAAUUGUCUUGGAUUGAUUGGUCCAUAUCGGUGGACCAAUUGUAAAUUGGCUAAAUAUUGUUUUUCCUUUUCUUUCUUUCUUUCUUACUUCAUAUUACUCGAGCGUGUGAUAUCGUUGUGAUAAUCUAACAUUUCAUGGUGCAUGAAUAAUACAAGGUACUCGAUCGUCAAUUGAAAAUAUAAGAAAUCGUUUUGUUUCUUGCGAGAACCAAAUUAAACGAUGCAUCGUAUUAUAAUCUGACGUUAGAAUUUUCAUACGUAGAGGGAAAAGAAAAAAAAAAAAAGAAAGAAAGAAAAAGAGAAAGAAGGAGAGGAAAAAAAGAUACAUAAUAGAUAAGAAACAACGAUAGAGUACGUACUAAUAAUCAAAAAUUGUACAAUUGAAAAUGAACGUGCGUGUAAGCGUGUAAACGAUUCGAUUAAACCAAUACCAAUAUCCAAAUAGGUGACGACGAUACACAGAAUGAGUCAAAGCUUUCCAAGUGAUUUUCUCAAUCGAUUACUUUUAAAAAUGAUUUCUUCAAUCGAAACUUUUUAAACGAAUUUUUUUCAGAUUGUAAAAUAGUUCCUAGACUUGUAGUUUUA